AUGAGUUUGGUGUGGCGUCGUCUGUCCCGGGUGAAUAAACGUGCUGCUAAGUUCAAAUUUGUUUUAACUCCGAAAGAGCUGGUCUUUGAUUGUGCACCAAAAUGGCGGCCAGAAACUGUUGUGGUGUCUCUGAUGCAUCGGUAAGGUGGUUUUGUUGUUAUGUUAGUGUUUAGGCGACGAAAGUAUUUUACAAAACAGCGAAAAGUGGAAUGGAGCUUUGAUAACCCGAAUCGAGCUAUCAUAAUAUGGCCAGAAGGGAAUACAGACUUGGUUAACAUGGUUACUACUUUGUUUAGGGAUCAGGACAAGGAUCAGUAUGAUGACAAGGUAGAUUUUGGCUGCAAAGUUUUAUAAAUGAGGUUUUAAUUGUAAAAUUUAUAAAUUUAUGUAUAACACCUUGACUAAUAUAAUAUAUAUGAUAAUAUUCGUUUAUAUCUUUAGGAAUGGACGUUGGUGGUGGAAGAAGUGGAUCCGAAAGGCAAGAAGAGACCUUUGGCAGCUAUUCCCAUUAAUGUUAGAUUGUUUAUUACUGAUUUACCUGGCAUAAAAAUGGAAGCAAAGUUUAAGUUAAGGCCGUUGAGAAAGGAGAUCAAACAAUGCACCGUGCAGAUUGAUUUACAAAGUGCUUUGUUGAGAGAAGGCACUAUUAGGUACGUUUGGGUUUUGUUUUCUAAAUUCUGAAUUUAGGAAUUUGUAAAAUUUACAGUUUGAUUAGAAGAGUUAAAUUUUAUAUUCGCCAGGGUUUUGAAACUAGUUUUUGUUGUUAAAAACUUUAUUUUAACUAAUAUUUUUUAAAUUUUAAUUUCAGAGAGGACGAUCUACAAAGUUUAGCAUCAAAUGCAUCGUUGGCAGAUCAACAACUCGUGUCUUCAAGGGAUUUGGAGAAGAACUAUUUACAAAAUGACGAGAAAAGUAUAUCACCGAUAAGAGAAAAGGCUGAAGCACAUGAAGAUGUAACGGAAAUCAUAACUAAAAUAUCAGACGACAUUCAAAAGUGGGCAAAUUAUACGAAUGCCGAAGAACUGCCGGAUAAACAAGGUAAUUUAGGUUUAUACAGGGUUUCUACGCAUUGUGUUAUUUAAAUUUGAUGUUUUAAAAAGCAUUUGUGGCUGACGAUAUGUCAAAGUGACAAAAAAUCUUGGAGAUAUUAAGGUAGUUAUGCACAACAAGCUUUUUGGUAAUUUGUUACCUAAAAUUAUAAAAGUAACUAUUUUUUUUAAUUUUUAAUUAUUUUAGUACAAAAACCAUCUCAAAACGUCACACCAGUUCCAAAGCCAGAAAGUCCUGUGAAGAAUGAGGUGCCAGAGACACCAAAACAACCUGCCAAACAGAAUGUUCCACUGAAAGUAGCUGGGGAACCUUUGCUGGAUUGGUGUCAACGGGUCACAAAAGGUUACAAGAACGUCCUUGUUAAGGAUUUCACGUAUGCUUUUACAUUUUUUGUUUUGUUUUCAGGUAGUAUAAGAUCAGUUGAUUUGAUAAAUCCUAAAUUAUAAAUCAAAUUUUUGGCAUUGGAAACAAUCUUUGAUCAAACUGAUUGUUACCUAAAAUUUGAUUUUAAUAAUUUUUGUUUUUCAGAAAAAGUUUCAAGACUGGAUUGGCAUUCUGUGCUUUGAUACAUCAAUAUCGACCGGAUUUGAUAGGUCUUUAUGAUAAUUUGGAGUUCUCAGAGACGAACCAAAGCUACAAAAGGAACUGCCGGAGGGCUUUUGAUGCUGCCAAGGAACUUGGAAUGACUCGGUAAGUUCAAUUUGAGAGUUGAAAUGAUUUUAAGUAACAUUUUUAUGUAAAUAUGGAUUUUUGAUUAUUAGGUAACAAACAUAGGUUUUUUAGGUAACAAAAUAAUAUAGAAUAUGCUUUUUAGUUUUUUUGGAAACUUAUUAAAAAUUACUUUUUAGGUAACAGAUUUACAAGAUUUUUAAAGUCAGCUUUUUAGUGACAUUGACGAAUCAGACGUAGUAACAUUGCCGGACCGAAACCAAAUUCAAAACUACCUAAUACAGUUGAGAAGCUUAUUGGAAGAUGGUAUUGAAGCCUCAAAUGGAGACCAAAUAUAUAGAACACCACAACAAGAAGACUCGGACCAUCGUAUAUCAGUUAUGCUAGCUUUGGGAAAAGACGAAGCCGACGCGGCCGAAGGAAUUGCCAAAUUGAGAAGUCAACGGAAAGCAAGUAUUGUAGGUUUUUGAGUAAUUUUAAAAUAUUUUUUGGUGAUUUUAGGUAACAAAUUGACGUUUUUUUUAUUUUUGUGUUGAAGUAGUUAUUUUCACUCUAAUUUGUAGUUUUUUUGUGAUUUUUAAAAUGAAAUAAAUGAAAAAGUUUCAAAUUACAGCACGAUGAAGACAGUUAUGCAUCAAAGACUAACAGCGGUAUGAACACGCCUUUACUGAGUAGAAAACAAUAUAAUGAACAUAGCGAUGACGAGCUGGACAAGUUGGAAGAAGUCAAGAAUUUAGCUGAGUAAGUGGCUUUUACGGUCUAAAAGUUUAUAGAAAUUAGAGGGUUUGUUUAAAAUGUGCAUAGAUAAAUGGUUUUUGGUCAAAAAGUUUUGAAAAAAUAUGGUUUUUAGUCAAUAUAGUAUUGCAAAAUUAAACUUUUGACUUAUUUUUAAAUUUUUUAAUAUUUUUUGGACUAUAUGUUAGUUUUGAGCUGUAGUUAAUGUAGAUGUUAAUAUCAAAUAAAAAUUUUUUCAAAAAAGUUUUUUUAGUGAUGUACAUAACACUCGGUUUCCGAAGUCAGCUACUCUCGACCGUAAGGAACAGUUGAGACAAAAAGCGAGAGAAUUACUGGACAAUCCUAUUAUGACAACGUCAACGCCAGAAUCAGAUCAAGAUCGUCAACAAAGACUUCAAGCUGAAGCAAGAAGGUUGUUGUCGAGCGUUGGGGCUGAUAAUGGCACAGGUAAUUAUUUUUUAUGUUAAGAAGGUAUUUUUGGGAGGGGAGAUGAAUUCUUAAAAAGGCUUUGAUGAUGUUAUGGUAGCUUGAUGUUUUGACGUUUUAUAUACUUUUUUGAUUGUAAAUGUAUAUUGUUUGUCGUUCUUUGAUUAGUUACGUUAUUGUUGUUUAGAAAGUUAUGUACAGUACUGUAUUGUAGCUGUUGUGUUUUUAGCGUCUGUAAGUAGUAGCCUUGGUGGACCGUUAAAAAGAAGUGCAUCAAUAAGGUCAAACACGUCUUUAGGGUCAAAUACUGACCUCAGGACUUUGGGUAUGUUGCGUUUUAUGUUGAUUUUAAAAUUUUUUGCGAUUUUGUUGUUUUUAUUACGUUUUUUGUAUGUUAAGGCACUGUGGCAAUAGUUGGUUUUUUAUAUUAGUGUCAAGAAUGGAUGUUGUUUUGUAAUGAGUUUGUGAAUUUUUAGGUCUCGUACAAACUCAGACUAACUUCAGAAGCUUUAAAAAGGUUGGCCCGUCUCCAGUUUUGAAUAGGAAACAGUGUAAGUACUAUUGUCAGUUUAUAUUAUGUUGUCAAUGUUUGUAAAUGCUUUAUUAAAUGUCAGUUAUAUAUUUCUGUUAAAUAAGCUUUUAAAUAUGAAGCUUGCAUCUGAGCAACCUAAUAUGUUAAACUUAUUGCUAGAUGGUUUAUGUUGUGGUAGUUGUAAAGAAUGUUAAACCGGAGUUAUCAAUUUAGGAAAUUGUCACAAGACAAUAAUGAUUUUUAAAAAAUUUUAAAGGUUUUUGUUAACUAUUGAUUAAAUUUUUUUUCAGAUGACACUCCAAUUCUGCCUGCUUUCGGAAGGAAAAACAAUGGAGUAAGUAUUCACAUAUUAGGUUGUUCAAAUAAUUUUGUGUCUUUUCUUACAAUUUUUUUAGUUAGGGGCACAGAAUCAUCUGAACGACCUAACACUUAUUAUUUGUACAAUUGUAUGUCUUUCGUAUUGUACACUAUCAGUAUCUAACUUAACAUGUACAUUUUACUACUGUAGUAGAUUUGUUUUGUUAACUUUUUGUUAUUGAUAUUGUGACGUUAUAACCUUAAUAUUGCUGUUUUAACUUUAAUAUUGUGUUGUGCAGACUCCGAAAGAAGACACAUUGAACAACGCCUUCGAUCGAAUGAAACGGUUUGGCAGCAUGAGGACCCAAGAACUAACCGACAGUAUAACACAACUCUUAAACAAAGUAACGUUUCGUUAUUAUUAAUAUAUAGUAGUGCUUUUUACUUUUCAGUAACACUAUCUUAACAGUACUGUAACCUCAACGUUUUCAAGACAACGUAAAUUUAUAUUGUUUAAGUGGUUUUGUACUAAAAUGGAUUUAUUUAUUGUUGUAGUGACAUUUUUUUUUGCAGAAGUAACAAUUUUUUUUUGAUAUUGUAUUAGUACUUGUAGUAUAGUAUGUAAUGUUGUAGUAGUAGUUACUUUUUAAUUUGUUCAAUGUGAGCGUUAACAUGUUAUGUUCAGGAGUUUGACAAACGUCUUAAUACCUCCAUCGAAUCUUCUGACCACACUCCAACGAGAAAAGUCAUCAGCCGAGCCGAACGAGACCUCCAAAACUCGUCAGAUCCGACGACGGAAUUGGCCGAGAUCUCAGAUCGAAUGUCCCAAAUCGAAAAACUUCAAGCUGAACUAAUCCAACAGAAAAUGGCAAUCGAAACAGGAAGUGACGAGGAAACUCGACUGGUCGAAAUUCAAAUUCAGUUGACUAAUGAGAAGGACGACCUGGUGAGAAGACAAGAUUAUCUGAAUGUUUUGGCCGAUUUAAAUGAGACUAAAGAGAACUUGGAGAAGGUCACCAAGGAGUUUGAUCUGCUUUGUGCUGGUGAGUUUGGGAUGGAUAAGAUAUUGGAAAGGAUUAGAAAAGGGUGUUAUCCAAAAAUGUAAUAUUAAUGUUUAAUUACUAGGUCUUCAAAAAAGACUUGUCGUUUCUGAGCGUUUAAAUACAUUUAAUUUGGCGACUAUACUUUUUUCUAUUUACAAAUUUUAUAAAAAGUUUUAGAUUUUAAUACUUUCAUGACAGAGGUAAUGCUAAACAUACUGUUUAGUAUUAUGACAUUUGUCAAAAAACUUUAUAAAAUUUGUUUUAGAUGGCAUAGCUACGACAGAAAACGAGAAAAUGAGGGUAGAUGACCUGAUGAGCCAGUUGAAGGUAUUGAUGGAUCGAAAAAGUGAACUCACUCAAGAGUUGCAUAGAAUGGAAGAUGAGUAAGUUUUACUUUUAAUUAUAGUCUUUGGUUAAUGGUAGAUGUGGAAGAUUCUAAAGAGAUUUGACUGUACUAACUGUAAUUUGGAUUGCAUGUUGCAAGAAAAUAAUUAUUUUUAUAAUUCAAUAUUGAAAUUUGAUUUUUAGAGAAGAAGAGCACAGAGAACGAGGCCGUGCAACCUUGGAACGAUCGAAGAACUUCAACCGUGGCACUCCACAACAACCUCUAUCUGCUUCGAAAAGGCUCAUGAACAUUUUUACUAAAAACUGA